AUGACAGACUUAGACGCUCCAAAAUUUGAAAAAAUUUCAGAAUUAUGGUUUGAGGAUGGAACCAUAACCAUCCGAGUCGAACAUGCGGAGUUCCGUGUGUAUGGGGGAAUCCUCGCGGCAAGAUCAUCCGUCUUUAAAGAUAUGCUCUCAUUUCCACAACCGCAACCCCCUACAAAAAUCGAUAUUCUCAAAGGUAGCACUCCGUCAAUCUCGCUACAAGACUCAGUAGGAGAUGUCCAUGUAUUUCUUUCUUCCAUUUUCGACUCUUCAUUUUUUGAACCACGACUAGCGACGGUAGAUCUGAGCGUGGUUCUAGCAAUUUCCCGUAUGGCUGACAAGUACGACGUUCCAUACCUCCUUCAGCGUGCCCUCGCACAUCUGGCAGACUUCUACCCGCGAUCGCUUGAGGACUGGGACAACCGAAAACGAGUUGGAAGAUUGGAAAGCCUCAGCGAUCUUGACGACGACAUGAGCGUCCUCCAAACUGCGUUGAGGAUCAACGCGACCGAGAUCCUCCCAAUCGCUUUCUAUGCAAGCGCCAGACACGACCUGGACCGAAUCAUAAAUCAUCGACGAUGGAGUCAUAUAAGAGAAGACUACAGAUUUAGGUUUCUCGUCGGCUAUGUGAACCAAUCGUUGGCUUGUCGAGCAAUGCACACAUUUUUGCACCUUUCGGCGGUGGAUGGAUGCACGAGUCCGCCUGCAUGCCAACGCGGGCUGCAGUUUUACACAAAGCACAGCCACAUUUGGCCCAAACAGGACCCUCUCGAGGCGUGGAGCGGCUGGGGUUGCUUGUACCUCGAUGUCUGCACCGCUUGUUUUACAGCCUGCAAGGAAAAACAUAAAGCGGGACGUCAGAAAUUUUGGGAUGGUAUUCCAGUUAUAUUUGGUUUCCCUGGUGCAGGCGAGGGCGAAGAACUACAUUGA